AUAAUUAGAAUCUCCCACCCUUCAUUUCUCUCCAUCCCUUCCUCUGAAUGCAAAAAGAAGAAGAAGCAUGGAGAAACAGAGACGACGAGUCAUUGAACUCACAUUCAUGGUAAAUGCGUUAGCUUUAUGGCUCUUUACCGAAUGCAAAACAUCUUCAUCUUCAUCGUUGUUGGGAGACCCAGGAAUGAAAAGAGAUGGUCUGAGAGUUGCUUUCGAGGGUUGGAAUUUCUGCAAUGAAGUUGGUCAAGAAUCCCCUUCCAUGGCCAGUCCAAGAGCCGCCGACUGUUUCGAUCUCAAACCAAAUUCUGAUAAUCCUUAUCACUAUUCAUUGAAUCACAAAGUAAACGAAACAGUUAAUAAACUCGGAACAGGAAACCCAUUUCCUGAUUACAUCAUGAACCCAUCUGCUAUGUUCAAUCCAGAUCUUUAUGCAGUUGAGAAAGAAUUGUAUCUGGGUUCAUUAUGUCAAGUUCAAGACUCUCCAUUUCCAUGGCAAUUUUGGAUGAUCAUGUUGAAAAAUGGAAACUAUGAUACCAAAUCCGGUUUGUGUCCUAAGAAUGGGAAAAAGGUUCCACCUUUUAAACCUGGUCGGUUUCCUUGUUUUGGGACAGGGUGUAUGAACCAGCCGGAGUUAUAUCACGACCCGACUGUUUUAUUGAGAAAUGGGACGAUGAGAGGUGGUUUUAGAGGUAGUUAUGAUGAUGAUAGUAAUAUUGGGAUUGAUGUGAAGAAGAUGAAGUUGUCUUAUUUUGAAGUGGUUUGGGAGAAGGAAAUUGGUAAUGGGAGUUGGGUUUUCAGACAUAAAUUGAAGACAUCGAACAAGUAUCCAUGGUUAAUGUUGUAUCUUAGAGCUGAUGCAACCAAAGGUUUCUCAGGUGGUUAUCAUUAUGACACUCGAGGAAUGCUUAAGAUUUUACCCGAGUCACCAAACUUCAAAGUGAGGUUAACAUUGAACAUCAUACAUGGAGGUGGAUCGAAGAGCCAAUUCUAUUUAAUCGACAUGGGAAGUUGCUGGAAGAACGACGGUUCCCCAUGCAAUGGUGAUGUGCUAACCGACAUAACUAGAUAUAGCGAGAUGAUAAUCAACCCUAACACACAAGCUUGGUGUAGACCAAGAGCCUUACAAAAUUGCCCGCCUUACCACAUUACCUCAAAUAACACGAAAAUUUACAGAAACGACACGAGACAUUUCCCUUAUAAAGCGUAUCAUUACUAUUGUGCCCCGGGGAAUGCCAAGUAUCUCGAAAAACCAUAUAGCAUUUGUGAUCCUUAUAGCAAUCCUCAGGCUCAAGAGUUAGUUCAAUUGUUGCCUCAUCCUGUUUGGGCAGAUUAUGGUUAUCCAUCUAAAAAGGGAGACGGUUGGAUUGGCGAUCCUAGGACAUGGGAGCUUGAUGUCGGUCAACUUUCUAGUCGACUUUAUUUUUAUCAGGAUCCGGGUACAAAACCAGCUAAAAGGGUGUGGACUUCACUUGAUGUGGGGACUGAGAUUUUCGUAAGCAAGAAAGAUGAAAUUGCGGAAUGGACUCUAAGCGAUUUCGACGUGAUUAAUACUAAUUAUCCGACACAAGAUUUGCGUAUUUAAGUUUUUGUUUAUUUAUUUAGAUUUAGAAAACAAAUUAAGCUUAGAAAGAUAAUUAUUGACAUAAGAGAAGUAUGCUUCACUUUUAACAUUAAUAUAUAGUAAGCUUAAAUUAUAUGUAAAUGCAUCUAACAUUAUUUGUAGCACAA